AUGUUCCUGAUAGCUUCCACGCUGCACGUCCCGUUCAAGGCCACAGGGGCGAUCUCGCUGAUCAAGGCGAUCGAGAUCGGGGACCUCACGCUGGACUUCACGCAGGAGAGCGAGUGGGCGCCGGUGACGAACUCGCGCACGGUGCAGGCGCGGAUGGAGCUGCCGUUCGAGUUCGAGUUUGAUAUUGAGAGCAUCCAGAACAGCUUCAACAUCACGACGGAGCAGGGGGUGGUCGCGGGCCGCCGCCGCGAGCGCGUCCACGAGCGAGAUCAGGGUCGUGAACUCGACCUUGACGCAGGGGACGAUCGACAUCACCAUAGAACACCCCGCUUGAGCCCGGUGUUCUCGUUGUUCAACCGGAACCUGACGGACAGCAAGGUGAUGCCGUUCAUGCUCAACGGACAGGCGCGUGCGGUCACGAACACGAGUAUUAGCACGAUCACGCUCGACCCGAUCAAGUUCAACGUGCCGUCGAACUUGCAGGGCCUGCAGGGCCUGCAGUUGCUCGUCCAGAUCAAGAGUGCUGACGUCCUCAGCGGAUCGGCGGAGGCCAUCCACUUGGGCAUCGACGUGGACAUCUUCAACCCGUCGAACCUGCAGCUUGCCACAGGAGACAUGAGCCUGCAACUGUGGCGCGACGGCGCGGUGAUGGGCAACAACUCGGUGACCGCGCAGGGCAACUUCACGCCGGGCGACUCGCCGCAAGGUCUCGAGAUGUUGAGCCAGUUCGUCGGGGGCACUAACGUCCAGGUCGUGAAGCACGAACCUUUGUCCGCGACCGUCUCGCUCGCGAACCCGUUCACCGCCGCGCUCGAGAUCACACACAUCUCGUCCAACGUCACCUUCCGAGGCAUUUCCCUCGGGACCAUUGAUGACGCCGUCGCCUUCUCGUCCGCAGGCAAGUCGACGACGACCUGGCCUGCGCUCGACCUCAACCUCGACAUGGACCCACAGAGUCUCCUCACGGUCACGAAGCUGCUUGCGGAGCAGGCGGGCGAGGACACGGUGCCCCUCGACCAGAUCAUCGCGCUCUGCGGGAACUUCGACCUCCCUUCCUUUGUCGACAAGGCGUUCACGAAGCUCGCUACGGAGCCGAACGUGACGAUCAAGGCCGACGCGAGCCUGAUCCUGAUCCUGCCAGUGCUCGCGCAGCUGAUCGUGCAGAACAUCGAGAACUCGUUCGGGACGAACCUGAAGGGGUCGAUCAUCAACGCCAGAUCAUUCGACGCCAAGAUCGCGUUCCCCGAGGGUUUUACUAUUGUUUGGAACGACAAGGCGCUGGGGAGCAUCAAGAUGCCGGAUGUGGACGUGGUGGACGGCGUUGGCGUGAGCUUCGAGGUCGAUGCACCGUUCACGGUCGCGGACGUCGCGUACCUCGUGGACUUUACGAAGGCGAUGUUGAUGGAGGAGGAGUUCGAGUGGGUCAUCCCGGGGAGCAACCUGUCGGUGGCUGCGAUCGGCAUCUCGGUGCCAGGAAUCGGGCUGGGCGAGAAGGAGGUGACGCUCAAUGGCAUGAACGGCUUGAAGGGCGGGGUCAAGAUCGAGACGUUCGACCUGCCGAGCAACGAUCCCGCGGGGGGUAACUUUUUCGAGGAUGUCAACAUCGGCUCUGUGGUCUCUACGAACUCGUUCACGCUCUCGCCGACAUCCACGGUUGCGCUGCCCGUGGCAGGGCGUCUUGCUCCCCAGAAGGAGGAGGCCGGCCUCGCAGCGGUUUCUGCGAUUUUCAACGCGUUCAUCCACGGCAACGACAUUGUCGUUCAAGGAGACAGCGCGGAUCCCACUGAUAUUUCUUGGCUCAACGACGGCAUCAAGGUGCUCCAGGUUCAGACCGUCACGCCUUGGCUGCGGGGCGGCAACGAGUUCAACUUCACGGCAGGACAAGGGCCCAGCAUCGAGUACGACUUCUUCCUGUUCAACACCGUCGUGCAGAGCGGGAGCGUGACCGCGACCGCGCUCACACUCGACGCCACGCUGCUCCUGAACCAGACCACCGAUAUUGUUACCGCGGCGCGCUUCGUGGACGCGGGGACCAGGAAGAUGCUCGCGUGGUACACAGACUGGCCACAGCCGUACCGGCUGGUCGAGCGCCCCGACCCGGAGCUCAAGGUCGUCGCCGACGUGGAGGAGGGGCGCGCACAUGUGUAG